AUGCAGCUCUCCCCUUUUUUUUCCUUUUUUUCCUUCUUUUGCUUUUCUGUUACUUUUCUGUUCUUAGAGAAAGGCCUAAAGCUUCUUCAGAGCCGCAUCGCACUUGCCUCAUGGUGCUCUGAGCGGGGGAGGACACGAAGUCCCAAAAAGGAAAUACCACGAGGGGAGAAGUCGUCCUCCGCGUCUUCUUCUUCUUCUCUUCUUCUCUUCUCUUCUUCUUCUCUUCUUCUCUCCCCCGACCAAGACGAAGACGACGAAGACGACUACGACCACGACCACGACAACGAAGACGAGGACGAGAAAGAAGAAGUAGAAGAAGAAGAAGAAGAAGAAGAAGAAGAAGAAGAAGAAAUGGCAUUAACCACAGACGCCGCCGCCGCCAACCCGACAAUUUCUUUGGCGGAAGCCAUUGUUGCUGUGAGCUCGCAGUUUAACAUAUGGUCAUUCUCCUUGCUGCUGGUGGUGAUCUCACUCUGUUUUGGGAGGCUCGCUGAGAUCCCUGUCAGGUAA